UCAAAAACAUGGACCUAUGUUUUCCCUCCGGAGAGGUCCUUAUCAAGGAGUGCUUCCGAAUUCUUCCUUCCUCUUUCGUCUGCAUCGGGUCGCAGCCAUGGUCAACGUACCAAAGACCCGCAGAACCUACUGCAAGAAGUGCAAGAAGCACCAGCCUCACAAAGUUACCCAGUACAAGAAGGGAAAGGACUCCCUCUAUGCACAGGGUAAGAGGAGAUACGACAGAAAGCAGUCUGGUUAUGGUGGACAGACCAAGCCUAUUUUCCGCAAAAAGGCCAAGACCACAAAGAAGAUUGUGCUGAGGCUGGAGUGUGUGGAGCCUAACUGCAGAUCCAAGAGAAUGCUGGCCAUCAAAAGAUGCAAACACUUUGAGUUGGGAGGUGACAAGAAGAGAAAGGGCCAGGUCAUCCAGUUUUAAACACUGGCUCAAUCUUCUGAAUGGAGUUGUCACAGUUUUCAAUAAAUUUGUGGAAAUGUU